GCGCCGCGGGCGGGAAUUCUUAAACGGGAUCCCGAGUGAGGACGCCCUGGAAAGGAAGAGAGCAAGACCUGGCGGCCGACGGGUUAGCGGUGCUGCACAGCCCCUCCGGGGUUCUCCCUGCUGCAUGCAUCAGGGCGACCACGGCGGUGAGUCAAGGACGUUUGGGUCCAUGUUCAGCCUGCCCUGUCCCGCCAGCCUCGGAGGAAGCAAGCUCUUGAGACGCUGAAGAGGAGAUGGAGUCUGCGAAUACCUUGUGUCAAGGCGGGGAGCGCAAAGGUGUUUUAGCUCACCUGGAAAGACUAGAGGCUCGGAUGAGCAGAGCGAGGAGAAAGUCUGUGGAGCCGACAGUUCACACAGAGGAAAGCUCUCUGAGAACCAAGGUUCGUGAACUGCGGAGACGGCGAGAUAAGCUGAGGGCUGAAGUGAAAAGGCGGCGAGCCGGAAUUAAAGCAUCUUCGACCAAUGAAGACCCAAACAGAACAGUGGAGCUCAGUGAGCAGGAGGAUCUGGCAAAACAAUGGGGAAACGUGAAAGACAUUCUGCAGGCCUAUCGUUUUACAGGGCUCAGUGGGAAGCUGACCAGCCGUGGAGUCUGUGUGUGCAUCAGCACCGCCUUUGAGGGGAACCUCCUGGAUUCCUACUUUGUAGACCUUGCCAUAGAGAAACCACUCCGGAUUCAUCACCAUUCCAUCCCAGUCUUCAUCCCUCUGGAAAGGAUAGCCACAGCAUACCUACAGACUGAUAUCCAGCGCUUCCUCUUCAGUCUCUGCGAGUACCUAAAUGCCUUCUCGGGGAGGAAGUACCAGACAGACCGACUUGAGACUGACUUCAGCGCCUUCCUCAUUGGACCUUUGCAGAGAAACGCCCUGUGCAACUUGUUGUCAUUUACCUAUAAAGUGGAUCAGGGACGCCAGACCUCCUCCUUUAGUGCCACACUGCUGUAUGAGGACCUCACAGCAGCUCUUCCCACAGGUGUCACUGUGACGUGUCCAGGGGCAGAAGCAUCGUCCACUGGUUGGGAAGAACUCAGAGCCUCCCAUGAAAUGCUCUUCCGAACCAAGCCACUGCACCAGGUGUUUGCUUCCUUUUUGAAACCCGUUGAAAUGCUGGAUUUGAGCCUGAUGUGAAAAACUUCUACUUGGGUCCAUCUGAAGCGGACAUGCUCAUGCCGCCUGCAGUCCAGGACCUGUCAGCAAGAGCUCUGGAGGGAGAGCGCUGCCUGGGAACCAGCCUUGCCAUGAGAUGAGACGCCCACUUCGUGGGAAAGGCAAGCAGCUUGUUGAGUAGACGGUGAUUUGGACAGAUCUCUGAUUGCCUGGUCACUUGGUAUGGAGGAGCACAGAUCGUGUCCCGCCAGGAGAAAGAGUGGUCCGAGCUGACGACCAGGGCCAUUACAAGAUGGUGCUGGGAGGGAGCUACGGAGGCGAGGCUUCAAAUGUUUACUAAGAAAGAAAAACAAUUGGCUGCCCAAACUCACACCAGAUGAGGUCAUCACACUAGCAGAUACACCACGGGAAAACCUUUGAAAUUAUUGGGUAAUGCUUUUCCCGCCCUGCAGUUUUUUCCGCUUUAAGAGGGCUCUGCUGUUAAACAGUAAACAAGAUCCUGCUUGACUCAAUUCCGUGUUGCUCUGAUUGGCUGCAGGACAGGCAAACGGUGCAAUCUACCCUCUCUGACCUCGGACGGCUGGAGGGGGGCAGAGGUCCUCACAACUUGCUGAGCUCCAGAGCAUCUCCCUCUAUAAAUACAGUCUAUAAGUAUUGUAUGUAUGUAUUUGUGCUGAAAAUCAGCUACAUUGAAGGUAACUAAAGAAAUUUAUAAGCAUCUGUAGCUUUUGUGGGAGCUGUAAAUCUGACAGGGCUUGUAGAUAAGAAGGGAAUGUGUUUAAUCUUGGGUUUGGGGUAGCAUGUUGUAGGCCACAAUUUUGGUGGGAGGAAGUACUUUUUAUAAUUAGGGAUUUUGUAUAUUUUGUUUUCUAAAAUAUCUUGGUUGAGAGCUGAAUGCAUGAAGUCACUUUGAGAAAGCACUCUUAGAAAUCUGCACAUAAAUCACUGGACCCUCCCGUCUUGUCUCCCUCCUGCCAGCUUCAGGCAUGGCUGUGUCUGUCCAGUCCUCUUCCCUUCCUAGAUACCUUUAAAGUACCUUUUCCUCCUAACCAUGGGAGCAUGCAUUGUUCCUUCGCUUAGAACCUCUUGACAUCUGGUUAGACCUGUCUGCUGGUCAAGUUCUCCCAUUACAAUUCCUGUUCCUCCUCUGCUCAUCCCAUGUAAGAUCUUUAGACUCCACAGGCCCAGCAUUUGGGCUUCACUCUAAACUAGCAGCUUCCUAGAAGUCUCCAUGUGUGGGCGCUCCAGGAAGACUACAGGAUGGUAAGCCAGCAUGGCUCACCCUCAGAGUAAAAGGUUCUGUCAAGUUUUUGCCCUCUAGGCAUGUGGUGGGGGAUGAGAUGUCGCAGUAACAGAAUUGCCACAACAGUGCCGUCAAGUCGAGUAAAGCUUUUAAUAAAACAGCCCUGUUCUUUACCAA